UUGAGGGAUUCAGGACCAGCUGAGCGUGGAUCUGGAAGGCGGCACCGGGGUGACUGGCAGCCGGGAAGGCACUGUCAGAAACCGGAGAGGGAGAGAGAGGGUUGGACCGAGGGUCUCGGGGCGGAGCGGGGGAGGAGUGCAAAGCCGAGCCUCAGGGUUGGAACCUGCGGAGCAGCGACGCCCCCUAGGCUAUAAAUAUGGAAGUGUCUCGCUGCUGAUCAGGCAGUUGGGAGGGACUGGAUGAUGCUGUCCGGCCAGACAGAACUCGGGGCUUGAGUUCUGACCCACGGAUCGCAGGGGUGGCCGAGGCCGGUACCAGCGCUGCGGCUUUCCCAGCUCUGCUGCUCUCCCGGACCUAACAUACGAAAGAUUGGUAUAGAAUGGCUGGCAUUUUGUCUGGAUAAACCACAGCAACACUCCAAGAAAGUCGUCACCAGGUUAGGUGCCUUUUGAAUAUUAUCUGAGACCAAAUCAACCCAGAAAAGCAAAAUGGCCCUUAACUCUUCUACGGAAGAUGGUAUCAAAAGAAUUCAAGAUGACUGCCCCAAGGCUGGCAGGCACAGUUACAUAUUCGUCAUGAUUCCUACUCUCUACAGCAUCAUCUUUGUGGUGGGAAUAUUUGGAAACAGCUUGGUGGUGAUUGUCAUUUACUUUUACAUGAAGCUGAAGACUGUGGCCAGCGUCUUUCUUCUAAAUCUCGCCCUGGCUGACUUAUGCUUUUUGCUGACUUUGCCACUGUGGGCUGUCUAUACUGCGAUGGAGUACCGCUGGCCCUUCGGCAAUCACCUAUGUAAGAUCGCUUCCGCCAGCGUCAGUUUCAACCUCUACGCCAGUGUGUUCCUGCUCACGUGUCUCAGCAUCGAUCGCUACCUGGCCAUUGUCCACCCGAUGAAGUCUCGUCUUCGCCGCACGAUGCUGGUGGCCAAAGUCACCUGCAUCAUCAUCUGGCUGAUGGCUGGCUUGGCCAGUUUGCCAGCCGUCAUCCACCGAAAUGUGUAUUUCAUCGAGAACACCAAUAUCACUGUUUGCGCUUUUCAUUAUGAGUCUCGGAAUUCAACGCUCCCCAUAGGGCUGGGCCUUACCAAGAACAUCCUGGGCUUCCUGUUCCCUUUUCUUAUCAUUCUCACCAGCUAUACUCUCAUUUGGAAAGCUCUGAAGAAGGCUUAUGAAAUUCAGAAGAACAAGCCAAGAAAUGAUGACAUCUUUAGGAUAAUUAUGGCGAUUGUGCUUUUCUUCUUCUUUUCCUGGGUUCCCCACCAAAUAUUCACUUUCCUGGAUGUGCUAAUUCAGCUGGGCGUCAUCCAUGACUGUAAAAUUGCCGACAUCGUGGACACUGCCAUGCCCAUCACCAUCUGCAUAGCGUAUUUUAACAAUUGCCUGAACCCUCUGUUUUACGGCUUUCUGGGGAAAAAAUUUAAAAAGUAUUUCCUCCAGCUUCUGAAAUAUAUUCCCCCAAAGGCCAAGUCCCACUCAAGCCUGUCUACGAAAAUGAGCACGCUCUCCUACCGCCCCUCAGAUAACAUGAGCUCAUCCGCCAAAAAGCCUGCGUCUUGUUUUGAGGUGGAGUGACAGACAGGUUUGAAGCAUGCUGGCCUUGUAAUGCUCUGACAGAAGCCAGGGCAGCAUCUGACUAAAUGGCUCACGACCAAAGGACCAUUCACCCCUGCCUCAGGGUCUAAGCAGAAAAUGCAUUCAACAGACUGUAGAUAUUGUCUGAAGUUCUGAAAGAAAGCUUUGAAGACGUAACCAGGCUAAGCUGUCUUGCAUUAAUAGAUGAUGGCCACUCACAGGAAGAGUCAGGAGCUGGAUGGAUUUGUGGGUUUGGAAAACAGUUGUCUGGCAGAAACGCAAUCUCAUCAGUCUCCUUUGGCUAUGUUCCUUUUGAUUUCCACACAUAGGUAUGUAGCACAUGCUAAAUAUUUAGACAAGAAACAAGAAACGGAAGUCAAGGUUACUUGUUCUACUCAGUCCCCAAAGGGCAAGGAACCUUUUUGUCUCUUUAGUCAUUAGCAAUGGAGACCCACUUGUCCCUGUUACUACACAUAGUGUGUAAAGAUUUGCUAAUCUGUAGUCAUCAAGUUUCAGGACCCCUUUGUAAAAUUCAGCCAGUGUCUUAGAAAUUCGUACUGUCCCCAAACAAUGCCAGUCAGUGGUGUAUUUAUGUAGCAGUGUUAACCAAAGUCACACAUCAAGGUCGCACUGCUUGUAACAAGUGUGACUUGCUAGGUACAUCAGCUUGAUUUCGAAUCUGAGAAUUAUAUACAGUCGGUGGUGAAUAGACUAUAUAUCAUACAAUCUGCCUUGCUUUCUAGUAUAUAUCCUCCACAUACAUGUACAUCUGUAUCUCCAAACUGUCCUUUGAUGAAGUUUUGGCAAUGUAUGUUUACCUCUGAAUAAAGUAAUUUUAUUGUAAUGUC